GACAGGGCAUACAUUUGGGCUUGCGGCCGCGAUGAGCAGCGAUGGCUGGUGGCCAAUUGAAUCGAGGCGGAUCGCGAAUCUCAGACCAAGAACAAUGCGCAUUCUUCAUUGUUCGUUCAAUUGGGUAACGUGCUCUAGCUAAUUUCGCCUUCGGAACACAACAUAAACCCAGAAAAUAUGAGCCAGCCGGGUGUCCACAAAAAGAAGCCCAGGAUUCGGAAUCGCCAGAGGAACAAGAUCAACCAGUUGCAUCAGGAACAAGAGGAGGUGCCAGAGGAAACCGCUCCCAAAAGUGAUGGUUCCCGGGAGAAAACUCCUCUUGCAAGUGUCCCCCCUCCGGUGAAAAGUUCUUCUAAAAGUGCAAUCUCCCUGGUGGAAACAUUGCUAAACAAUGAUCAGGUGCAAACCCCGCAAGAGAAUGAUACCAUAAGGCUAAUACAGCAACUGUUGCGUAGGAAAUUAUUGGCCAAAAAUAGUGCAGCUCCCAUUAGCAAAUCGGAGCCAGUUACCAAAUUAGUUAGCCCACCAAAAGAAAUCAAAGCGGAAAAAGAAAAACCAAAGACUUCAAGUGCCUUAGAAUCUCCCAAAGUUUCAGCAGAAUCGAAGGCUUCUGGAAACCCAUUCAAGGAUGUGAAACCCGAUGAAAUGGAUCAGCUGCUCAAGUGCUUGGGUACCAAAUUGCAAAAGGGUACAGGGGAAUCCCCAGCUGCCGCACUGAUCAGCAAUCUUGGCAAGCUUUUCAGCCAAGCUCCACCAAGCGAUGUGGAGUCAUCCGAUGAAGAGGCGGAGGAGUAUGUGGAGUACGUCUAUAAGCCCAGACAAUAUUUCAUGGCCUCGUUGUGCAAUUUCUGCAAGGCGGACCUGUGUGGCCAGAAUCGGAUUCCCUGCUCCCGCUGCGGGCUGAGCUACUACUGCAGUGGUGGCCACAUGAAAGACGACCAGGAGCACCGGGCCCUGUGCUACGCCAUUCGCCAAACGGUGGACCGGAAUGGUCACGACAUGUUCUACAAGUGCGGCGACUUCAGUGGCGAGCAGUUCCGCUCCUACCGCAUCGUGUGCAUCCGCCAGGUGGAGAAGGAGAUGAAUCGCCAGCUCUCGGCCACGGAGCAGGAGCUGCUCCUGUUCCCGAUGAUUUGUGGCGAGUUCAAGUGCCGGGAACACCGCUUCAACCGACUGUCCCUCUGCGGAGGGUGUGGCGAGGUGGCCUUCUGCAAGGACAAGCCGGAGAAUCGCAGGAAGCAGGAGCACGCCAAGUGGUGUGGAGCCUACCAGCUGUUCAAGGCCUUCAUCAUGUUCCAGGCGAACUUCGGCCGGCUGGACCCGUCACUGCCCAAUAAGGUGCUCAGGGAGCCUCCCAUGGCCUGCUCCAACACCAAACACAUAAUGAAAAGGCUUAAUUUCAAUGUUACAAAUGAGUGCGAGUACGCAGCACUGACUCAAGUGUCCACAGGACCUUUGACCGCCUGGUUUGCCCUGAAACUCUGCGAACGUCUAAGGAGUUCUGAGGAGUUGACUCUUCAUUUAAUUGGAGCCGAGAUCGAGUUUGAAGUGGAUAUGCUGCAGAAAUGGGAACUGUUCCUGCUUCACAUAAUGCCAACCGUUAAAAGCCUAAAUGUGGUGUUUAUUGGACCCGAGCUUAAUCCCAACAAUAUAUCCUUUGAGCAGCUAAAGAAAAUCAAAUGUUGUCGACUGUGUAGAAAAGCCCAGAGAACUGUCAACUAUCAUUUCGAAAAUGCUUUGUACCACGACUAUUGUAAGGAAACGCAUUUUCUUCAGCCCAAUUUGGUUUGCUUUUUUAACUCUGGCCUAUACCGAUCCACCGGAUUUGCCCUGGAAGAUACUUGGCCAGACACCAUUCAAGCCGCACUCAAUAUCAAAUGUCCCAUUGUAGUAACCUCGUAUACAAAGUACGAGGCUCCUCUGGAUAUGGCGCACUUUAUCAACCAAUCGAAUCGACAUAUAAAUGUCGUUUUGCCACCGACCACCAAUCCAUUUUCUUCUGAGAAGCCAGAACGCAACUUUAUAUCAGAUAAUGAAGCUCCUUUCAUGUUUAAGAACUUCUAUUGUUUUGUUGUUGAGUGAGGAAACGAAAAGACUGUUUAUAAAGAAAGUAACCUGUUUAAAAAAACCUUUUAAAAUAAAUAUCUUAAGUUGUACUUCACAGC